AAUGCAACCUCCGCCUCCCAGGUUCCAGCUAUUCUCCUGCCUCGGCCUCCCAAGUAGCUGGGAUUACAGGAAUACACCACCACACCUGGAUAAUUUUUGUAUUUUUUUAGUAAAGACAGGGUUUCACCACGUUGGCCAGGCUGGUGUCUAACUUGGGAUCUCAGGUGAUCUGCCCACCUGGGCCUCCCAAAGUGCUGGGAUUACAGGUGUGAGCCACCGCACCCGGCAGUUUUGUGAACUUGAACUAUGGGCGUUAUCUGUCCUGACUGUGUUUCUCAUUCAUUCAGCAAUUAUUAUUUUAUUUUUUGAGAUGGAGUUUCACUCUUGUCACCCAGGCUGGAGUGCAAUGGCACGAUCUCGGCUCAAUGCAACGUCUGCCUCCAGGUUCCAGCUAUUCUCCUGCCUCGGCCUCCCAAGUAGCUGGGAUUACAGGAAUGCACCUCCACGCCCGGCUAAUUUUUAUAUUUUUUUAGUAAAGGUGGGGUUUCACCAUGUUGGCCAGGCUGGUCUCUAACUCCUGACCUCAGGUGAUCUGCCCGCCUGGGCCUCCCAGAAUGCUGGGAUUACAGGUGUGAGCCGCCGCACCCAGCUCAUUCAGCAAUUAUUUUAUCAAUGUUCGAUGUGCCCAGCAUUAUUCUAGGCUCUAGGGAAAUAAUCCAUUGACAAAGCAGGGUCUACCAAUGGGCUUGUCGGAGAUUGCUGGGAAUGGUUGAUUGGGGGCCAGUUUGCAGUUGCGGUGAGGUGGCUUUCCUUGAGGCAGCAUGGCUGAGUGAAGUCGACUUUGCUGACCAAGAAGGCUCCUCCCAGGGGUGGGGAAGCCUCGGCAGGGGGCGGCAUGUGAGCGCCAGAAGGCAGGGAUUUCACGGAAAUGAAAGUGGAAGCAAACAGCCUGCGAGCAGAGCCUCCUGAGGUGUAUUUCGGGUCUUGCUGGGGCGAGAGAGACCACAGCCCUUUGGGGGGUACAAACAAGAGUUCAGUUGCUGUGAAUUCUGCCACUGUGCCCAGCUCUGAAGCCUCAGCUCUUGCCAAACAGACCCGAGACCCAUGUCAGCCCCACUGGAUGCCGCCCUCCACGCCCUUCAGGAGGAGCAGGCCAGACUCAAGAUGAGGCUGUGGGACCUGCAGCAGCUGAGAAAGGAGCUCAGGGACUCCCCCAAAGACAAGGUCCCAUUUUCAGUGCCCAAGAUCCCCCUGGUAUUCCGAGGACACACCCAGCAGGACCCGGAAGUGCCUAAGUCUUUAGUUUCCAAUUUGCGGAUCCACUGCCCUCUGCUUGCGGGCUCUGCUCUGAUCACCUUUGAUGACCCCAAAGUGGCUGAGCAGGUGCUGCAACAAAAGGAGCACACGAUCAACAUGGAGGAGUGCCGGCUGCGGGUGCAGGUCCAGCCCUUGGAGCUGCCCAUGGUCACCACCAUCCAGGUGAUGGUGUCCAGCCAGUUGAGUGGCCGGAGGGUGUUGGUCACUGGAUUUCCUGCCAGCCUCAGGCUGAGUGAGGAGGAGCUGCUGGACAAGCUAGAGAUCUUCUUUGGCAAGACUAGGAACGGAGGUGGCGAUGUGGAUGUUCGGGAGCUACUGCCAGGGAGUGUCAUGCUGGGGUUUGCUAGGGAUGGAGUGGCUCAGCGUCUGUGCCAAGUUGGCCAGUUCAGAGUGCCACUGGGUGGGCAGCAAGUCCCUCUGAGAGUCUCUCCGUAUGUGAAUGGGGAGAUCCAGAAGGCUGAGAUCAGGUCGCAGCCAGUUCCCCGCUCGGUACUGGUGCUCAACAUUCCUGAUAUCUUGGAUGGCCCGGAGCUGCACGACGUCCUGGAGAUCCACUUCCAGAAGCCCACCCGCGGGGGCGGGGAGGUAGAGGCCCUGACAGUCGUACCCCAGGGACAGCAGGGCCUAGCAGUCUUCACCUCUGAGUCAGGCUAGGGGCUUCCCCUUCUCAUCCUCCCCACCCCCCCGCCAAGGUUCUCAUACUGGGCUGGGCUUGGGUGCCCAUAUAGGAGGUCUGUAUGUUCACCAACAGUGCGGAGGGAUCACACAUUGCGAAACACUGCCCAGAACAGUAAAAAGAGCCUGCACGCCA